AUGUUGUCGGUAUACGGUUUCUACCCAUCUGCUUCGUUCGACCCCUCUCAGUUGCAACGCCGCACCAAAAACUUGUUCUCUUUCUCACGAUCGGUGGUUGUCCGUCUAAAGUACCUCUGCCACUCGUCUUCACCACCGACGACACAGGGUUGUCAUCAGAGUUAUUUUUCACUGAACACCAGCCACCACGUUGACUUCCCCCUUCCGACGACUACUGACUUACUACUUUCGACCAUCACACCACCCACCACCACAGAAAAGAUCAUCAUUUAUAGAACACAUCACCCUCCAUUGGCACCUAUAAAAACCCACAAUACCCUCACUCUAAGCACUCAACACUCACCAUCAUAUUCUCCCUUGGACAAUCAAUUAGAUAUGACAGCAAAAUGCAGUGUUUUAUUAGUUCUUUUUCUUGCUAACAACCAUCUAUUGUCUACCAUAGUUAAUGGUUGUGAAACUACCCCCACCUCAAAAAGUAACGUAAACCCAAAUCCAUACACCAAUAUGAACCCUUACUAUAAUCCUAACCCUAACCACGAUUCCAACCCUAGUUCCACCUCCGAUUCCAAUCACAAUUCCUCUCCCUAUUCUAACCCUACUCCCAACCUCUCCAAUGCAAACCCAAACCAAAACCCAUCGACAAACAUUAACUCACCAUGGGCAACAUGCCCUAGAGACGCCUUGAAACUAGGAGUGUGUGCCAAUCUUCUUGGGGGGUUGGUUAGUGUUGAGGUGGGUUCGCCACCAGUAAAGCCUUGCUGCUCUCUUAUCCAAGGACUUAUCGACCUUGAGGCUGCUCUCUGCCUUUGCACUGCCAUCAAAGCCAACGUGUUGGGUAUCAAUCUCGAUGUACCACUGUCUCUCAGCUUGAUACUUAAUGCUUGUGGCAACCAUGUCCCAAAUGGCUUCAAGUGUGCCUGA